UUUUCUAUGCCUGGUUUUAACUCUGUGUUUCUUUGCAGGUUCUUGUCACAAUAUAUGCAGACUACAUUGCCCCUCUGUUUGAUAAAUUCAUUCCACUUCCUGAGGGAGAGCUCAAACAAGCAAUUGAAAUGAUGGCAAAAAGUAUUGACUUUCCUUUGACUAAGGUCUAUGUUGUAGAAGGUUCCAAGCGUUCCUCCCAUAGCAAUGCUUAUUUCUAUGGCUUCUUCAAGAAUAAACGGAUAGUUUUGUUUGACACCCUCCUGGAAGAUUACUCUGCACUGAACAAAGAACACCCAGAGGGAGAAGACGGUGAAGAUGAUGACACAAAGUCCGAAGUCAAAAAUAAGAAGCAAGGAUGCAAAAAUGAAGAAGUUUUGGCAGUGCUUGGCCAUGAACUGGGUCACUGGAAGCUAGGUCACACUAUCAAAAAUAUUGUCAUCAGCCAGAUGAACUCCUUCCUCUGCUUCUUUUUGUUUGCAGUAUUAAUUGGUCAGAAAGAACUCUUCGCUGCAUUUGGUUUCUAUGAGACUCAGCCCACCCUGAUAGGACUGAUGAUUAUUUUCCAAUUCAUUUUUUCACCUUAUAAUGAGGUUCUCUCCUUUUGCUUGACUGUGUUGAGCCGACGAUUUGAGUUUCAAGCUGAUGCAUUUGCCAAGGAGCUUGGGAAGGCUAAAGACCUAUACUCUGCUCUGAUCAAAUUAAACAAAGAUAAUUUGGGAUUUCCUGUUUCUGACUGGAUAUUUUCAAUGUGGCAUUAUUCCCACCCUCCCCUGUUAGAAAGACUUCAAGCCUUGAAGGAUGCAAAGCAAGACUGACUGGAAUCAUUGUUGGUUCAGAGACCGUGCUUCCAUCUCAGAAGCAAAAUUCAGAGCUGUUUUUUAUUUUUUUAAAGUAAUCCUUCCAAUGUUCCCUGAUCUGAAUGCAGUUAGCUUCUGAAAUGUGUGUUAAAUUUACUGAACUGAAUUUUUAAGAAAAUAACUUGUGGGACUGAAUUUGGAGAAUAUAUUGUAUAAAGGCUUUUCCUUUUCACUAAAUUUUAUCUUUAAAUGACAGAACACUUAGAGGGAAAGCAAUUCCCCUUGUCCCCAGAAGCAAACACCCCUUGAGUUUGUGUAAAUUUUGAAUGCGGCUUUUGACAUUUUGACAAUUUCUCAGUUUUUUGUAAAGUGAACUGUAGCUUUUCGCCCUCAUCAGUUUGAUUGGCAGCACUGUGCUCCUAAUUCACAGUGAAAAAGGUUUGGGUGACUUAACUCCUCAUGUGACAAAUGCUUAUGCUAGUUAAUCACUGUUCAAAUGUAUUUAAAAAGUGGUUGUAUUGGAUAGAAGGCUCACCUUUUCCAUGGAUUCAAAUUCCUGUGUGCAAUGAAUGAAAAAGCUACUUUCAUAGGUAUAAUAAAACUGCCUCGUCUUUCAAUGGAGGAAUAACAAUAAAUUCCAUCUCCAGAA